ACUCGAUCAACAUCAAGAAGCUCAGAACUCCGCCUUCCAGACAGGUGGACUGCAGUUUCGUUAUAUUCGCGUCUGCCAGACUCAAUUCUUUCGCCAUAUCUGAACCCAAGUACUACUGAUUUAUCCUUUGCCGAAUGACCACACCACUAUUGUCUUCACGGCAUGACGGGGAUGGAGGCACACGCAGCUACGGAUGCGCCAAACUUGAACGACAAGUCUCCUGAGGCCCAGCAAGGCGAAGAAGAGACGAGCGCAAUAACAGGAGGCCAAAAGAAUGCCGUAUCAAGCACGAGUAUUCUCUCGAAGUUUCCCUUCGUCAGAUCCACUUCCACCACAAGUGCCAGAACACGUCAAGACAAAGAUAGGAAUGGGGGCCAAGUCCACGAACGCGACCCCCUACAGUCCAUACCCGGCUCUAUGGCAACUGUCGUCCAGCAGCAGCAGCCGAAGACGCGCCGUCGAAGAGGCUCCCUCAGGAAGGUGGCCUUGCUAGGGCGAGGAUUACAGCGGCGAGACGCGAAGCAAUUGACCAUCGACACGUCGUAUGCUGCGGCGGGUGACUUGAGAACCUUUAAGCAGCUCCAACGCCCACAACUGCUCCCAGAGGCUCCCGCCAUUACGACACAGCAACAGCGAGACGAACCCAGACUCUCCGCACCCGUAUCCGAUAGCACCUCAAAACCGCACACGAAGCAACCCGCUGGCAGUUCGACCUUUCCAAGCGCGACCAUUUCGUCGGCGACUCCGUCGAAUGGCACCGACCACGCCGUCGAAUCGAGCUUCUUCGCUCAGAACACGUACAGCUCGACUACAGAUGAGGAGGACAUUCUACACCUACCUGGCCAUGAUACACCGGCGGCACACCCCGAGCUUUUGCUGUCCUCUGGUUCCGAAUCCUAUUUUGGAGAGCGGGCGGCCACUCAGUCUCUCCGGCGGCGGUCUAUGAUGCGAGCCAAAUCGCCGCUCUCGUACAGCGGUCUAUCCAAUACGCCUAUACCGCCCACGGAGGCGGAAUACGAUUACUCGGAGACGGAGUUUUGGGGAUGGGUGGUCCUUAUUGUGACCUGGAUUGUUUUCGUCGUCGGCAUGGGAUCUUGUUUGGGUAUCUGGAGCUGGGCCUGGGACGUGGGUAUCACCCCGUACGCGCCGCCCGAGCUGGAAGACGACCCGACUCUCCCUAUCGUGGGCUACUAUCCAGCCCUGAUCAUUCUGACCUGCAUCAUGGCUUGGGUCUGGGUCAUUAUUGCUUGGGUCGGGAUGAAGUAUUUUCGGCACGCCAAGAUUAGCGGCGAUUGAGGAGUCUCUUGAAAAGGUUGGCGAUGACCCAAGGAGCGAACAUUAUCAUCAUCAGCAGCAGCAGCAGCAUCAGAACCAUUCCAUAAGGCGCCACCUCCUUGUCGACAUUAAAUUACGUCGUGGCUGUUCUUCUCACAUGAGGUGAUCUGAGUCACGAGGGAAGCAAAGACAGAUGACCACAUUCCGUCUCACGCUCGUGUAUACCAGUCCUGUUGGUGUUGGGGAGGGAUCGGUUCGUUUGG